AUGGAGCUUCAUGGGUUUUCUUGUGAAGAGAUAAGGAUGGAAGGAGCGGACACGAUUUCGAUUUCUUCUGAUGGGCUUGCGUUCAUGACGUCUGGGUUGAAAUAUCCGCCGCUCGACUCGCCACCUGCUGAUGGAGGGGUUUUUAUGCUGGAUUUGACGACAGACGACCUUGAUCCCAAAAAAGUCGACAUCAUGGCCCCCUUCGAUCCCUACAAAUUAAACCCGCAUGGAAUCCGCGUCUACGAGCCCGGAGACGGACGAAUCCUAGUCUACAUCUCGAACCACGGACUUGGACUUGACAAAGUCGAGAAAUUCGAAUACUCAGUCACGAAGAAUCAGCUAAAAUGGAUCAACUCUUUCAAGCAGAAGAAGGAAUUCUACUCGCUGAAUGAUAUCGAGAUGAUUGCUGAGGAUGACUUUUUCUUCGUUAACGACCAAUACUUUUCGACUCGUCAGCGAUUCUUGCGCUUUUUGGAAUACCACUCAUUUAUCCGACUCGGCUCGCUUGGCUACUGUAACAAAGGCAACUGCCAGCUGGCAACCAAGCACAAUCUUGGCUACCCGUCUGGACUUUCCAUCCGAACAACGACCGACGAAAACGGCAAGUUUCGAAAAGAACUAAUCGUCGUGGAAAAACGCGCGUUUCGAGCUUCAAUUUAUCAUUUGGAUCCAUCCAACGGCUUUGUUUUUUCCCACACGAUUCCGUUGCCCGCGAAUAUUGACAAUAUUUUCAACGACGGGGAGGAUAUUUAUUUUGCAGGAUCGCCGAGGGGAUCGAAUGGGGAUGAUUUGGUAGAAGUGAUCAAAUUGAACAAGAAAAAUGAACUGGAGACGAUUAUCUCCACGACUCUAAUUAAGGGAGUCACAAGUUAUGCUCAUUUCGAAGACAAAAUACUUUUUGGAACCCAAAACAGCAAUCUUCUUGUAUGCACACGUGAUUAG